CGGCACUGCCCUCUUCUUCCUUCUCGCCGGGCACAGUAACACCGAGCCUCCGCCGCCGGACCUCCGGCUUCCGCCUCCGCACAUUGAUUCAGGAUACACUCGAUUCAGGUGACUUUUCAAUCGAUUUUAUUCUCUCAAUAACCCGCAAAGACGUUGAAUUGCACUCUGGUUGGGGAUAGAGUUGGAUGAGAAUCUGAGAUGCCUCCGAAGCAGCAAGCGAAAUCCGAUGUAGCGAAGAAGCAGAAGGUCGUAGAGGACAAGACCUUCGGUUUGAAGAAUAAGAACAAGUCCAAAGCCGUCCAGAAAUACGUCCAGGCCCUCAAGCAGAACGUCCAGCCUAAACCUGACCCCAAAAAGGUCGAUGCUAAGAAAAAGAAAGAAGAAGAGAAGGCCAGGGAGAGGGAGCUCAAUGAAUUGUUUAAGGUUGCUGUUAGUCAGCCGAAAGUCCCACCUGGUGUGGAUCCAAAAUCAAUACUAUGCGAGUUCUUCAAAGCUGGACAGUGUACAAAAGGUUUCAAGUGCAAGUUCUCACAUGAUCUGAAUAUUCAGAGAAAAGGAGAAAAGAUUGACAUUUACAGCGAUAAACGUGAUAAUGAAACAAUGGAGGACUGGGACCAAGAGACUUUGGAGAAGGUUGUUGCAUCAAAAAGCGAGGAAUAUAACAAAAACAAACCCACAGAUAUUGUUUGUAAAUACUUUUUGGAAGCUGUGGAGAAGAAGCAAUAUGGAUGGUUUUGGACCUGUCCCAAUGGUGGUAAAGACUGCCACUAUCGGCAUGCUCUUCCCCCAGGUUAUGUUCUGAAAUCACAGAUGAAGGCUUUGUUAGAGGAAGAAACAACAAAAGUAUCUAUAGAGGAAGAGAUUGAAGAUAAGCGUUCAAAAUUAACCACAUCAACUCCUAUGAAUCCUGAACUCUUUAUGGAAUGGAAGAGAAAGAAGCGGGAAGAAAGAGAUGCUAAGGUGGCAUUGCAAAUGGCAGAAAGAGCCAAAAAUGAUCGCAUGAGUGGACGUGAGCUAUUCAUGUCAGACUCGAGCUACUUCGUGGAUGAUAUUGGUGCAUAUGAUAAAUAUGACAGGGAAGAAGAGUCAAAUGUCACUGAACGGAAGGUUGACAAUGGUACCUCAAAGGAUGAGGCAAGCUGCUCAACCUCGGCACCAAGCACAUCCAAUGCCGAAGAUGUUCUUGAUGGGGACGACGAUGACGAUGAUGAUUUGGAUGAUGACGAGUUGAAUGAGUUGGAGGCAAGUCUUGCCAAAACAACAUUACAGAUCAACGAACCCGGUGGUCAUGCAUGAGGCAAGAUACUGAAUCGGUGAUAUCCGUAGUGCUUUUUUGAGAUUAUUCUCAUUGUUCUGAUCGAUCUCGAGGACUAUGAUUUUUGGCACUCCAUAUUUCAUUUCUUUAUUACGGAGUAUCUUCCCGAUCUUUUUUUGCAUUCAAAAACGACACUAAUGGAUUUAGGCGUGAAUGGGAAUUUCAGAAUAUGGUCCUCGGGUCAUAUCACACUGGAAGCCAAUCGUUGGAUUUGCAUCUGUGCAUAACCUUUUAGAUUUGCAUCUGUGAAAAACCUGAUCGUUUCGUGCUUUUGACAAUGUCUUCGCGUCGAAGUAAAUAACAGACUUUUUU